UCUUUGCUUGAACUUUGAAGAUUCAAAUAAAGAAGCAUCAAACUCUCUCAUCGACGUAGCCAUGGAGAAGGAGAAGAAAUCUAGUAAUUCAACUAACACAGAACCUUCCUCCUUCAAGCUUCUUGCGUCAUUCCCUUCUGGUCUCUCUCCAUCACAGGUCUCUGUUGAAUUCGGUGACGCCUACGAUCGAAUCCCUCACUCUGACCUAACCUUGGAAAACUCCAUCUCCGAGAUUUGGGAGCAGAGGAGUCUACAGAACAAAUCUCUCUUCAAUGGAAAUAAAUUCAGAUAUGGAGGGCAUGUUUUGCACACUGGAGGUGAAUCUGAGAAUGAGCCACAUGUAUGCCUUCAUCUAGGUUUGACGGAUUAUAGGACUUUUGUGGGGACAAAUUUAAGUCCGUUGUGGGAAAAGUUUCUUGUUUCAUCUGAAGAUGAUUUCGUUCUUUGUCAGCAUACCUCCAGUCCAUUAGGAAACGGUGCCGUGGUGGAGACAAUUGACAAUAAAAUACUUGUAUUACAGCGAAGUAAUAAUGUUGGUGAAUUUCCUGGAUAUUUCGUUUUCCCUGGAGGCCACCCUGAGCCUCAAGAAAUUGGUAUAACGUCCCAUCAAUAUGUGAAGGAGUUAACAGGGUCGAUCAACCCUAAUGUUUCACGGGAAAUGUUUGACAGCAUAGUACGUGAAGUAGUUGAAGAAAUUGGAGUGCCAGCUUCAUCCCUUAGCAUCCCGGCUUUCAUUGGUAUAUCUCGCAGGGAUUUGAACGUGAGACCGGCUGCAUUUUUCUUUAUCAAAUGCAAUCUUGACUCAAAGGAAGUUCAGCAGUUUUACUCCAGUGCACUAGAUGGCUACGAAUCAACCCAGCUCUAUACUGUCCCAAUGAUUGAAUUAGAAAAUAUGGCCUCUAGGAUGCCUGGCUGUCAUCGAGGUGGAUUCGCUCUCUAUAAACUGAUGGUCGACACCAGGAAGAUUACUUGAUGGAAGCCUUACAAGGCAUGAAAACGUGGAGUUUAAGAUAACAACUGCAUAACUAAAACUGAAAAACUUUUUAUAACUGUCAUGAUGUGGCAGUAGGUUGUAGUAUCUAAGCUCCUAUAUUCUGUGAUGGUGGAGUUGGUUACAGGGGACUGAUCUAAGGUCUCUUUCCCGACCAAGCCAACCAUAUCUCGAAUCUCAUUAUGUGAUUCUUGUUUUUGCAGUUUUUUAGUUUAUUAAACCAGAUAUCAACUAUCAACUAGCAGAGACCAGUAUAUGUAUUUCCAGUAAUUUUACUGGAAUUUUGGCGUAGACGGGGUUUGAGCCAAGGCCAUGAUUACAUUGAUGUUCAUGUGUAUACCAUCAUCAUACACUCCUUUGUAUUCUGCAGUAUUGUUAAGCAUGCAUAGAUGAAUGGAACCGCGCCGUACCGCCUUUUACUCUUGCCUUAUCUUAAAGACGAAAUGCUGCAUUUUAAUUGAUUUAUAAUUUGCACGAAUCAGUAAAUAUUUUCCAGAUAAAAUCCCUUCUAAUUGUUCAUGUGUAUAUUUAUUUGGAAGUGUGGAGAGGAAGGAAGAGAAGGAUUUAGAAUUGAGAGUGGGGAAGGAAGAAAAAUUUUCUUGUUUGAAGAAAUAUCAUUUUUAGAAAAAAGUGUGGGAAAAGAGGAAUUUUGAUUGAUGUUUUUUAAGAGUAUUAUAAAGAAAAGAAAAUAUUUGGAGAACUUAAAAUCCUGAUUUCUCAAAUUGGAAGAUUUUAACAUUAUAGAGGAAAAUAAA